CGCGUCUUCCUCUUCCCAUUACAAAAAUUCCCCAAAUAAAAACAAAAUUACCCCAACCUUGCAAAAUCAAAAGCUAGCUUAGCUUGCCAUGGAGCAGAGCAACUUGAGGAGGACAUUGUGGGUGCUGUUUCUGGGCCAGGCCGUUUCUUUCUCCCUUGCCCUCACCAGCUUCUCUUCUUCACUCGUCGCCGCUCUUGGGGCUGAUGCACCCAUCGCCCAGAGUUGCUUCAGCUACUUCGGUUUGGCCUUAGUUUACGGCAGCAUAUUCCUUCACAGACGCCAUAAGCUACAGGUUGCUUGGUAUUGGUAUCUCCUCCUGGGAUUCAUCGAUGUGCAGGGCAAUUAUCUGGUGAACAAAGCGUACCAAUUCUCGUCAAUUACGAGUGUGACGCUGCUGGAUUGCUGGACCAUACUGUGGGUCAUCAUCCUGACGUGGCUGGUCCUGGGGACUCGCUAUUCCAUCCUCCAGCUUCUUGGUUCCGCCAUUUGUGUUCUCGGCCUUGCUCUGGUUCUCUUCUCCGACGCUUGGGUGGGCGGUGGCGCAGGCGGUUCGAGGCCUCUUCUGGGCGACACGCUAGUCAUCGGCGGAACCAUUUUCUUUGCUCUCAGCAAUGUAGGCGAGGAGUUUUGUGUGAAGAGAAGAGACAGGAUUGAAGUUGUCAUGAUGCUUGGUGUUUUCGGUCUACUUGUCAGCUUGGUCGAGUCAUUUGUAUUCGAACGCGAGAGUAUCAAAUCAAUAAAUUGGUCUGUGAAUAUUGUAUUAGCUAUUGCAGGUUAUACAAUAUCUAUAUUUUCAUACUAUACACUCACUCCUUAUGUGUUGAAGUUGAGUGGAGCCACCUUGUUCAACCUCUCCAUCCUAACUUCUGAUAUGUGGGCUGUCCUUAUUCGCAUAUUUUUCUAUGGUCAAAAGGUGGAUUGGCUCUACUUCCUUGCCUUCUUGAUAGUCACCAUUGGCAUAGUUAUCUACUCCGCUAAUGAACAAGAUUUCAAUGCAAACGUCCCCAAAAUAAAUGAAGGAGAUGAAGAUUCAGAAUACCAACUACUUGAUGACGACAAUACAAAAGUUGUCGAAAAUGAAUGUGUGGUGCCAUAAUUUUUUUUUCUACUUUCAAAUAAGUUUGGAUAGUUUUAUUAAGUGCAUAUGUACAAUUGCUAUGCAAUUAUAUGAUAUGAGAAAGUAGGAGCUACAUUUCACCCACCUCGUGGCAGGUUUAUGAUUACAAAUUUUACUUAAUUGAGGUUUCAGCAUAUAUAGCUUUCUUUGUCUUAGUAGUAUAAUUUAGACAAAAUAUACAUGCAUAGCCACAAUUUUACAUUUUUUUGUCAACAAUAACCACUUUUUGAACAAUACACAGUUAUAUAGUUA